UGUUGGAAAAAAAAAAAAAAAAAAAAAGAAAAGCAGAAGCCGGUCCUCCUCCAUCAUCAGAGAAGCUGAACACAACGUGGAACCCAGCUGCUGCUCCAUCCGCUCCAACAUGCUCUCCAUGUCCGACUUCGUGUCCGGUGGCAGCUAUGAACAGUGCAGAGAAACAGCUGAUUGGCUGUUGUCUAACACACAGGUGCGUCCCACUGUGGGAAUCGUGUGCGGUUCUGGUCUGGGAGGUUUGGCUGAGAUGAUUAAGGAUCCUGAGAUCUUCAAAUACUCCGACAUUCCCAACUUCCCCCGCAGCACAGUGCAUGGUCACGCAGGCCGUCUUGUGUUUGGAACUUUAAAAGGGAAGCCAUGUGUUUGCAUGCAGGGAAGGUUUCACCUGUACGAAGGCUACCCCAUCCAGAAGAUUACGUUGCCCAUGCGUGUGUUUAAGUUGCUGGGUGUAGAGACGAUGAUCAUGACCAACGCUGCCGGAGGCCUCAACCAGGACUACAAAGUGGGAGACGUCAUGAUCAUCAAGGACCACAUCAACAUGCCAGGCUUUGCUGGAGUCAACCCGCUGGCCGGACCCAACGAUGACAGGUUUGGUGUACGUUUCCCCUGCAUGUCCGACGCCUACGACCGCGAGCUCCGUCAGCUGGCCCACGACGUGGCGUCCGAGCUCGGCUACAGCCACUUCCUGCGGGAGGGCGUGUACUGCGUCCUGGGGGGGCCGUCCUUCGAAACCAUCGCAGAGUGUCGGAUGCUCAACAGGCUCGGUGCCGAUGCCGUUGGUAUGAGCACCGUACAUGAGGUGAUUGUCGCUCGGCAUGCUGGGAUGCGCUGCUUCGCUCUGUCGCUGAUCAGCAACCGGGCCGUGAUGGACUACGACAGCCAGGAGAAGGCCAACCACGAGGAAGUCCUGGAGACGGGCCGGCAGAGGGCGGAGCAGCUGGAGAAGUUAGUGUCCACCGUGGUGUCACGACUGGAACACAACAAUAACAACUUCUGAAGAAACCGUCACUGGAUCUGCCUUCGCUCUGCAGCAAGAAAAAAAAUAAAAGGCUUCUUAAAACACUCAAAGCGCUCUGUAGAACUAGAGCGACCGGUUGGUUUACCAUGUGAUUAACUACUGUAGUUUGUUAGUAUUUUCUUAAAGGUUCAGUGUGUAAGAUUCAGUGACAUCUAGUGGUGAAGAUGCAGAUUUAUUUGGCUUUCUACUUGAGUUGAGACGUUGGUGACAGUCAUAUCUUAACACUAGAUUUAACCUGCUGUUGGAGGAAGUCUGUCCAGAGCUACUCUGGAAACAUGGGGACACAAUAAGAUUAGAGCUGCAGCUAUUGAGUAUUUUUGUAAUCAGUUAGUAUUUUGACUAUUUUUUUUUAAUUCAAUUUGAAAAAACGGUUAUUUGAAUAGGUGGAAAAAAUACUACAAAUGUGUAGCAGGCAUGUCUGAAAAUGACAAAUAACUGAACCAACUCAAACAACAACCACAAAAAGUAUAAAAGUAAAAGGAUAUAUAAAAAAUAUCUAUAUAGAAAUAACAACAACAACAGGUUAAAAGUAUAUAUGAAAAUAUUUAUAGACAUAAACCAUUGACAUCAAUAAACAAUAUGUCACUGCAGUCCGUUAAAAUGGAACUAACACACAACUGUGGGUUGAUCCUGGCCUCAUGUGCAUCACAAUAAGCAGUUAGUGAAACACACCAUCAUUUUUUUUAAUCGAUUCAAGUCGAUUAAUUAAUUAAUCGAUUCAUCGUUUAGGUCUAAAUAAGAUAGUCCUGUUGUAGCUAUAAGCACUUACAAACUUACAAAAACAAAACAACUUUCAGUUUUUCAUCAUUAAUCGUUCAUUUAUUUGUGUUAAUCUUACACACUGGACCUUCAAGUCCUAUCAGAACAUUCUGGUCCACUUUUAUACACUCCUUUAACUUUUAGCCCAUUUAGAUGCAGCUCUUACUUUGCUCUAUUUUGUAAUGUAGUGUUUCAGGGAAACAGCAACAUAAUUUUAUUUCUAACUUAAUAAUUUAAUAAUAUAGUUUAAAAUAUUUAAUGUUUUAGUUUGUUUACUUCAGUGAUCUGUUAAUAAUCUGAAUAAAUAGAUUUUGUUAUAAAGGACCAACUUAUGGCGCAUGUCUUAAUAAGAUCAUGGCUUAAAGGUAGAAAGAAAAAUUUCACAUAGUGUGAAAAAGUUGUACAAUGUCUUGAGAUAUUUAUACUAAAUGUAUUUUAAAAGUGUCUUUAUGAAUGUCAUGUAUAGUUUUUGAUGGACAGUUUAGAUAAAAGGUGUUUAUGCUGUAUGGGACAGAUACCAAAGAAUGCUCUCUUCAUGUUUCAGCGCUGUACUAACCUACACACUCAGAGGUUGUGCUUUUAGAGGUACUUUACAAAAAACGUACACAUGCGAUGUACUGUGGACCAACUUUUACAAUAAAAUGUUUCAACCUGAAAACAAA